AUGGAGAGAAUGAGGAAGGAGCUAGAUAACCAGAUAGAGAGAAUGGAACAAGAACAGGAAGAGAAGGGAGAGGAGAUGGAGAGAAUGAGGAGAGAAUCAGAAUACAGUGCAGAAAGAAUGAGACGAGAACUGGAAGAGAAGGAUGGAGAGAUGGAGAGAAUGAGGAGAGAAUCAGAAUACAGUGCAGAAAGAAUGAGACGAGAACUGGAAGAGAAGGAUGGAGAGAUGGAGAGAAUGAGGAAAGAAAUAGACUACAGGAACGAAGAGAUGGAAAGAAUGAGGAAGGAGCUAGAUAACCAGAUAGAGAGAAUGGAACAAGAACAGGAAGAGAAGGGAGAGGAGAUGGAGAGAAUGAGGAAGGAACUAGAAGACAGGUUAGACAGAAUGGAAAAAGGACUAGAAGAGAAGAAUAGAGAGAUUGAAGAACUGAGUGAAAGGGUAGAUCAUAUAGAAAUGAUGAGGCAGCUGGGAGAGAGGAAGACACAGACCGGACGCUGGAGGCAGGGGUUGGAUAGAAGUAUAGAAAGAUUGAGACAUGAACUGGGAGAGAAGAAUGAACAGAUUGGAAAGUUUAGGCAUGAAUUAGAUUUCAGAACGGAGAUAAUGAGACGAGAACUGGAGGAGAAGAAUGGAGAGAUGGAAAGACUGAGGGAGGAGUUGAGUUUCAGGGUAUUGAUAAUCACACAGCUGGGAGGGAGGAGUGGAGAGAUGGAGCGAUUGAGGCAGGAGCUGGAUUACAGGAUUGAAAGACAGAGACAAGAACUUGGAGAGAAGAACCAGCAGAUGGGGAGAUUGAGGCAGGAGCUGGAUUACAGGAUGGAGAUGUUGAGAUUAGAACUGGAGGAAAAGGGUAAAAUGAUAAACAGAAUUAGAUGGGGUCUGUAAAAAUAAAAAAAGGUAGAUAUAGAGCUCUGGGGCCUCAUGUACUAAAGGUAUAUAUUAGGGGUGUCACGAUUCUCUAAAUCCUCGAUUCGAUUUUAUUUUCGAUUUUAGGGUCACGAUUCGAUUCUCGAUUUUCUUUUUUUUACAGCAGAGAGGCUUAUUUCAAAAGGUGGGCUUGAUAUAAGUGAUGCAAAGUGAUACAAGUGAUUUGUAAUACACCACAUUAUGCACUAAUGGUUAAAUUUAGUGGCUUUUUUUGGUAGCAGCAGUGUGCACUAUUAAAACAGCAAUGUGCAACAUAACAAAAUAAAUAAUAAAAAAAUACAGGAACAGUCAUGUACCAAAUAAUAUGUCAUGCUCACGGUCAGAUGUACUAAAUGUGACUUGAACGGCACUUUCAUUUCAGGCGUACGUAUGUUUUUUGUAUGUAUGUAAUGUGUUUUUGUUAUUUGGCGACACUUGAAAUGACAACUAUUAAGAUAUCCUUUACGCACACACAGUAGUAGUAAGCCAUUAGUGGGUAAAGUAAAGUAAAUUAAUCAGACAAUUAAACAGUAAAUUAUUCAGAUAGUUUCAUUGGCUUACUGAUAUAAUCUUUUAAAGUGUUUCCACUUAGCCUAGAUUAUAUAAACAUGAUGAAAUGUUGUGCUGGAGUUGUUGGAGAUGCAGCGUUGGCAUUAUUGAAAGAUAUUGCUAAUGGCCGAAUCCGAUGACGACUGGCUUGUAAAUCGUUUCAGAUUCCAAGAGCAUGGUUGGGUUGGGAUAAGAUUAUAAGCUGAGUACUUGACGGGUCGCUUCUCGGUAAGAAGCAACUCAUUUAAAGCAUUUAAAUGAAAGCAUAUAUUAUCCAGCUUAGAAUAAUUAAUUUGAAAUAUGGGCAAUUAUUAAAUUACUUAUAAGACAGCGGCUACGCUAUGCGCCUUGCAACACUUUCUUGAUGAGCAAAUUAUACUCUAGCAUAUUAUUAUUAUUAUUAUUGUUAUUAUUAUUAUUAUAACAUUAUACUCUGCGUAAUUGAGGGAGGAGUCAUGGCAGGUGUGAUGUGUUCGUGCACUUGUGCUUAAUUUCGAGUUGAUUGUGAUGUACUAAGAGAAAGUACGUGGGAUUCUGCCUACACACAGUUUGAUAAAUCCGUAUUUUUUGUGCGUACGGAACUUUUCAGGUCUGAGUGUACGCAACAUUUAAGUAGGAAGUCCACGCAAGUCUUAGUACAUGAGGCCCCUCGUCCUUACUUGAGAUUCAUUUCCAUUUCAAAGAUACAAGAUUAAGAGAUUGUCUUCAUAUUUGAAGAACCUCUUUCACCAGAUUAACCGCUACAAGAAUUUCUUUAGACUCAUAAAAAGGUCACAUAAAAGGGUGUUUCGAGGUCUUUGAACUUUUGUUUCCUUUUUGCAUUUCGUUGAAACCAACGCAAACAAAACAUGGACUUUGGGAACGGCUGCGUUUCCAGCACAGGAAAAUCACAGAAACCUCCAAGAUCAG